AUGCUACGAGAAAGUCACAAAAAGAGAAUUCAAGAAGAAAUUGGGAAUAACGAAAUUGAGACUGGUAAGGGGUUAAACCAAGAGAUUUCCCUUGUACGAGCUGGAGAUACACGAUGGAAUUCUCAUCUUAAAACAAUCGUGAGUUUGAUUGCUUUGUUUCCAGAGGUUAUACAGGUGCUUGAAUAUGUCGAAGAUGAUGGUGAUAAUGGAGCUAGUCGGCUUCAAGCAAAAGGUCUUUUAUCAUACUUAAAGACAUUUGAAUUUGUGUUUUAUAUGCACUUGAUAUCAACGAUCUUAGGGUUAACAAAUUCAUUGUCUCAUGCUCUUCAAAGGAAAGAUGAAGACAUCUUGGAAGCUAUUGAUUUGAUAGGAACAACCAAAGGUCAUAUUCAAAUGUUGAGAGAAAAUGGGUUUGAUCAAAUCCGAGAGUUUGGUGAUCGUUUUGGUGAGAUAAGCACCGACUUGCUUCAAAAUAUGGCAGCUUUGAAUCCAUGCAUUUCGUUUUCUCAGUUUAACAAAUCAAACCUAUUGAAGUUGAGUCAGAUGUAUCCCCGAGAUUUUGAAGACAAGGAAAGGAUCAUUCUUAAGCACGAACUUGACAUCUACUAUCAUUCUGUUUAUAAUGAUGUCAGAUUUGCCAACUUAAACGGUAUUGCCGAACUCGCCAGAUUAAUGGUGCAACAAGAAAGCAUCUUUCUCAUUCUUUAUUCUAUCGGUUAUUGA